AGUCAUGCCAGCUGGAGGCACACUCCUCCCAGGGUCCCUGGUGGCCAGGACAGAGUUGAAGCCACUCUUGGUGAGAUCCUGAGCAAAGGUUCUGUGUCCUUUAAGGAAAUCAUCCUCCAGCAAUGGCCUCCUCCUUGCUCCUGGUUCUUCUGUUCCUGACUCCAGCCAAAGUAGUGAACCUCAAAACUGAUGGUUCAUGUCCAGCAUGUUGGGGUGCCACCUUUGACCUGGAGAGCCAGCGGGAGCUGCUUCUCGAUUUGGCCAAGAAAAGUAUCCUGGACAAGCUGCACCUCAGCCAGCGCCCCACACUCAAUCGGCCUGUGUCCAGAGCGGCUCUCAAGACCGCGCUGCAGCGCCUCCGUGGGCCCCAACGGGAAACCCUGUUGGAGCAUGACCAGAGACAAGAAUAUGAGAUCAUCAGCUUUGCUGACACAGGCCUCUCCAGCGUCAACCAGACCCGUCUCGAGUUCCACUUCUCUGGUAGAACGGCCGGUGGCGUGGAGGUCCGGCAGACCCGCCUCAUGUUCUUCGUGCAGCUCCCUCCCAACGCCACCGAGACCAUGAAUAUAAGAGUCCUCGUGCUAAGACCAUAUGACACCAACCUCACCUUGGCAAGCCAGUACAUGCUGCAGGUGGAUACCAGUGGCUGGCACCAGCUUCUCCUGGGACCCGAAGUUCAAGCUGCUUGCAGCCAGGGGCGCCUUACUCUGGAGCUGGUACCGGAAAGCCAGGUGGCUCACAGUUCCUUGAUCCUGGGUGGAUUUUCCCAUAGGCCUUUUGUGGCAGCCCAGGUAAGAGUCAAGGGCAAGCAUCGGGUUCGCCGUCGAGGUAUCGACUGCCAGGGGGCAUCCAGGAUGUGCUGUCGACAAGAGUUCUUCGUAGACUUCCGUGAGAUUGGCUGGCAUGACUGGAUCAUCCAGCCUGAAGGUUAUGCCAUGAACUUCUGCACCGGACAGUGCCCACUACAUGUGGCAGGCAUGCCUGGCAUCUCUGCCUCCUUUCACACUGCAGUGCUGAAUCUGCUCAAAGCCAACACAGCCACCGGCACCACCGGUGGGGGCUCGUGCUGUGUGCCUACAUCUCGGCGCCCUCUGUCUUUGCUCUACUAUGACAGGGACAGCAACAUUGUCAAGACGGAUAUACCUGAUAUGGUGGUGGAGGCCUGUGGGUGCAGUUAGCUCAUGGGUGAUACAGGCAGCCUAAGGUAGAGUGGUCUUCCUCAUGAAGGGGUGACUCUGUUCCCACUUCUAUCCAGAAUAUAAGCACCUUCUUUCUAAGCAUGCAGACAUCCUUCUGCUGACUCAAGGAGAUCCACCUCUAAAGAGAGUUACUCAUGACCAAUAAUAGCCUUUCUCUCUCCUGGGACAUGGUUGACCCAGUAGAGCCACAUCCUCAGCCUUAGGCUAGGCUAAUCCACUGCCAACCACAAGCAAUAUCAUUUCGUUCCCAGCAAACACACCCUUAAUCAACUAUGUAAUCUACUCUGCCUCCCUAUGCUUGCCAUUCAGUGGCUCCUACCCCACGAUGACAUUCCUUAGUAUCUCCCCUUGAAUUCUAUGGCUCUCUGAAGAACCCCUUCCUUGGGUUCACCCAAGAUUAUAUUGCUGCUUUCCAAAGCAAGGCUCAUCUCUCAAAUCUUUAGGCCCUCGCCUAGAUGUGCCACUAAAUACUAUUUGCACAGCUUCCGGUGUUCUCUGCCCUCCUCUGCCCUCAGGGGUGACAUACCAAGCCUUGUCGUCUGAACUCUACAGCUGAAUUUGACCAAAGGGAGACUCAGGUUGGAAACUUAAAGCCUAGGAUGACACGGAAAAACUCUAUCACAUGUAUAAGUCCAGCCCUACACUCGAGAGACUGAAGCAGGAGAUAUAUAUACCUAAAGGUUGAGGCCAGCUAGCUCUAGGCUAGCCUGGGCUAUGCUGUUAAGACCUUGUCACAAAGUAAAAGAAGGGAAAAUAAAAUAAUAUUUCCUAUG